AUGAUUGUGUAUGGCAAAGCUUGCCAUCUUCCGGUAGAGUUAGAGCAUAGGGCGUUGUGGGCAUUAAAAACCGUCAACCUUGACCUUAUCGAAGCCGCAAGAAGGAGGUUCUUUCAAAUUCAUGAGUUGGAAGCUUUAAGGGAUGCUGCCUAUGAACGUUCUUGGAAUAUUAAGGAGAAAACCAAGGCAUUGCAUGAUAGGAGGUUGCGAGGUUUGAAGGAUUUUAAGGUAGGUGACAAAGUACUUUUGUUCAAUUCACGUUUGAAAUUAAUAGCAGGGAAAUUGAAAUCGAGAUGGAGUGGUCCGUAUGUGGUGAAAGAAGUAUUCCCAUACGGCACGGUUGAAUUAUACGAUGAGGUUGACAAAGGAGUGUGGAAGGUAAACGGUCAUCGUUUAAAACAUUACUUGGGAGGUCCAAUUGAUGCUACCGAGGAGGAAGAAAUUCCGCUCGAGGACCCACCAACCUUCACCGAGCAGUGA